UCCUUCAUAUUCAUUUCUUUUUAGUUUUUUUUUUUUCAAUUUUUUUUUUUUACCUUGCCAUCAAAACAACCAUGGCAAGGAUCUCUUUGUUGUUAUUUAUAGCCGUGGUUCUAGCCAUUGGCUCCGUCUCAGCUCACCCACCUAAUAAGAAAACCAAAAAGAACUUAUGUCCACCUACAUUGUCCCAACUCCAAACUUUCCCCUCCAUCGAAAUCUCUAAACUCAUCGAAAAGAAGAUCAAAUCCGCACCCAACACACCUCAGUUCAGCACUUUGUUCGCCAUCUGCAAAGGCUACAGCGACUACCUCGCUGUUUUCAAGGUUAAAGCCGUCAAGAGUGCGUUUGGUUCUAUCCAUACCAAAUUCGUUAUGAUGACUGAGGCGAUGUUUGCGGCUCAAGCAGCUGUUGGUGUUGAAGGUGAGCUUGCGUCUAGGGUGCGGAAGAGCUACAAGGUGAUGGCUGAUGGGUUUGUUGAGCUUGAGCAGAUGAUUGCUGAGAUCUCGGCCAAGUAUAAUUUCGAUGCUAAUGCUCAGAUAAGCAAGGCUGAUAGGUUCAAGAUUGAGAAGUGUUUGAUUAAGUUGAAGGGUUACAUUAAUGUUUUCGUGAAGGUGAUCACUAAGUGCAGUGCCAAAUUCGCCGGGAAGCCGAUGGGGAACCCCGUUGUUCCCGGUAGCCUUUUCGAUGGUUUCCUCAAGAAGGGUGUCCAACUUGGCGGUAACUUUUUCGGAGCCAUCAGAGGUAAUGUCGGAGGAGCCAUCGGAGGUAAUACCGGAGGUAAUGUCGGAGCCGGAGUCGGAGUCGGAGGCAAUGCUGGUGCUGGAGUCGGAGGACUUGUUGGAGGCAAGGUCGGAGGUCGUGGCAGAGGCAAGGUCGGAGGCCGUGGCAAAGGCAAGGUCGGAGGUCGUGUGGGAGGCAACUUUGGAGCUCAAGGCGAAGUUAAAGUCGGAGGUCAAGCUGAAGCCGGAGGCAAGGUUGGAGGCAAAGGCAGAGGCAAGGUUGGAGGCAAAGGCAGAGGCAAGGUCGGAGGCAACUUCGGAGCUCAAGGCGAAGUUAAAGUCGGAGGUCAAGCCGGAGUCGAAUUAGGAGCCAAGGUUGGAGGUAAUGCCAAAGCCGGGUGUGGACCUACGACCGGAGCCAAGGUAGGAGGUAAUGCAGGAGGAAACGUCGGAGCUAAUGUCGGAGCUAACGUCGGAGGUAAUGCCGGAGGAUUCUUCGGGGGAUCCAUGGGUUUCGGAGGAGGAGUUCAGUACGAUGCCGCUGGUAAGGCACAUUUGGGCGGAGGAAGCGCCUUCAGGCCAUUGAGCCACACUAGCAACAAACACUUAGACUGAGUGAGACGCAAGUUAACAACAACAGAUGAAGGAGGGAGCCAUGAGUUCAUCUAAAAUAAUAUUGUUUUUUUAACUAAAUAUGAAGGAGGGAAACGCCAUGCGAUAUUUUAAUCUCUAUUUGAAACCAUUAACAAAAUAUCGAUAUUUCUUAUUCUAUUAAUAAAAUAUCGCAUGUUUUAUUUA